GAGCAAAAAACCGAUGAUUGCACCGGUGGAUUAUUGCGCCAAUGCACUGCUCCUAGCAGCCAGAGAUAUACACCAUAACUUUACUCCGAAUAAAGACACCAUACCGGUCUACAAUUAUGCGAGUGAUAACACUCCCACCUACGGGCAAAUGUUGGACAACUAUUUGGAAGCGUUGGGACCUUUCCAGAAGUUUCUCUACCACCAUCUGAUGGGCUUGCGAACUGCUAAUCCGGACAACUACUGGCGCGGAUAUCAGGUUAUGCGAUGGCAAGCCUCGGCACUGGAUCAGCUGCGGAUACUGCGAGGUCACAAGCCAGUGCUGCAGAAAUUGGUCGACAAUGUAUAUACAGCGAUUACGAACUAUAAAUACAUUCCACUGAAGGACUGGCAGCUCGAGACAGCUAAUGUGAACCGGUUGCAGCAAGGUUUGAGUCAAGAGGAGGCCGAUAUAUUCUACAGUGAUCUACGCAGUAUCGAUUGGGACUCAUAUCAGCGGAAGUUUCUUCCCGCGUUCAAGAAAUAUGCUCUCCAGGAGAAGUUUGAAGGGCUCUAGCGCGAUAGCAGAGACCUACCUGGCUUUGGUUUUCAAUUACGUUUUUCUUGAGAUUUGCUUUUUUCGACAAGAUAGGCCAUGAAAAAAUUACCGAUUAUUGGCGCUC